AUGACGAUUGAUGCGGCGGUGGUGGGAAAGUUGAUUGAUGCGGCGGUGGCUUCGAUUGAAGCUGUGCCUCUCCUGGGAACGACUGCAUCGUUGGCGAUUUGGGAGGAUGAAAGGGUUGCAACGAGAAGAACAGAAGGUAGAAGGGAUUUUGAUAGAGAAGAAGUGAAGAAAUUGACUUUUUUGGUGAUGAUUCAGCCUCUGUUUAUCUCCGUCAUUGAGAUUGUGGGGGAGUCCAUUGGAGAACAGAUGGGGAGGUCGAAGGAGAGGAGAGAAGGAGAGGAGACUGGAUAUUGA